AUGAAGCUCGCCCCUUUCCUGUCUUCUCUCAUUAUUGCACGGUUCAUAUCCUGCUUCCCAUUCCCAUCCACUCGACGUGAUCCACCGAACAAUAUCACAGUAACCACGUAUGACUAUGUGGUCGUGGGUUGUGGGAUUGCCGGCCUGGUGGUCGCCGCGCGGCUGAGCGAGGAUCCCACCGUGUCUGUGGUGUGCAUUGAGGCUGGUUCUCUUGACCAUUACGAGGACUCGAUCGAGGUCCCCGUGUACAUCGGCGACCGGCCCGCCGAGUACGAAUGGGACGUCACUUCGACACCACAGACCCAACUCGACGGCAAGUCCCGCAUGCUCGCCAUGGGCCGGGGCGUCGGCGGGGGCAGCCUGAUCAACGGCAUGAUCUGGAACCGCGGCGGCCAGGCCGACUUCGACAUCUGGGCGGCGCUGGGCAACCCCGGCUGGGACUGGGCCGGUCUACUCCCUUACUUCAAAAGGUCCGAGACGUACUCGCCGCGGUACUACCCCGGCGUCGCCAUCCCCCCGAGCGGCGGCCAGCCCGUCACCUUCGACGAGGCCGUGCAAGGCUUUGACGGGCCGGUGAAUGUCUCGUUUCCGCAGUAUUUCUGGCCGCAGACUAACAACUGGUUCGAAGCCCUCGACGCCCUUCGCGUCCCUACCUGCCUCGACCCCAACGACGGACUGUGCUCGGGGAGCUACUUUCUGCCCUCGUCAAUCGACCCGAUCAAUCAGACCCGCUCCGACGCACGGCGGGCGUACCACGACAUGGCUGCUGAUCGGCCAAAUUACCAUCUCGUCACGAACGCCCAGGUCGAACGUAUCCUCUUUGAUGGCAACUCGACGGGACUUGCAGUGGGCGUCCAGGUCGUGGAUCUCCUCAGCAACACCACGUGGUCCGUCCAGGCAGCCCGUGAAGUGAUCCUCGCGGCAGGCGGCAUUCAUACGCCGCAGGUUCUGGAGUUAUCUGGUAUCGGCAACGCGAGUCUGUUGACGUCUCUCGGAAUUCGUGUUCUGCAAGACCUCCCUGGCGUGGGCAGCAAUUUGCAGGAUCACCCCAUGAUCCAUCUGUCGUAUCCAUUCCAGAACACAUCUGUCCCGACCCCGGCGUGGCUUCUCACGAAUUCGAGCUUCAACGCCGCCGCAGAACUCGAGUAUUUCUCUGCACACACCGGGCCCUGGACCGCCAAACCCUCCACCGCCGUCGCCUUCCCGUCCCUAGCCCAAAUGACAAACUCCACCCACUACAUCUCCCUCAUCCGCGAGGCCAUGGAGUGCUACGGACUCCAGCCAUCCACGUUGCCGCCGGAGUACACCAACUCUGACCAAAGCGGCCUCCCUGUCCUGAUCGGAUAUGGCAUGCAGCACAACAUGGUGGCCGCAUCGCUCCUGCACAACAACACGCCGGCGUACGAGAUCCUCAACGACAACUCGGGCGGGCUGGACCUGGCGCUCAUGCACCCGCUGUCGCGCGGGACCGUGCACAUCACGUCCCCCAACGCGCGCGUCGAUCCGGCCGUGAACCCGAACUGGCUCGCCCACGACGUCGACUUUGAGAUCCUGCGCCUCGCCGUGCGCUUCAACCAGGAGAUCCUCUCCACGGGCGCCAUACGCGAGUUGGAGCCGGCGUUCGCCCCUGACCCCCGUGGAACGGUCCCACGCAACAUGACGCAUGUGGAGAUCGCGGCCGUCCUCCACGCCGGCGUCGGCACCGAGUUCCACUACUGCGGCACUGCCGCCAUGCUCCCGCGUGACCUGGGUGGCGUGGUCGACGCCAACCUCACCGUCUACGGCACCCGCAACGUCCGCGUCGUGGACACCUCCCUUUUUCCCGUCAUCCCCGGCGCGCAUCUCCAGGCCGUGGCCUACGCCGUGGCCGAGAGGGCCGCCGACGUCAUCAAGGGGAUCGAUGCCAGUUUUAUGGCGGGAGAGUGA